AUGUUCCUGACAUUUGCCGCCUCAUCAUUUAGGUCCCCUCAAACGCCAACUGGUAGCAGUGCCUACCAGGUCAAUGUGAACCGAACAAAGACGAGAAAAUGGGUCGAGGCCAAAGUACAAAGCUACGAUGGCGACGAUUGGGGCGCCGAUGAAUAUGACGAUGAGGAGUCCGAGGAAGAUGUCCCGCCGCCUUGGCCCAAAACAUCCGUACGCGCUGCUGGGUCGAGGGAAGCAACACUUCCAUCACUGGAGACGCAAAAAUCUACCGAAAAUUGGACGCCCACAUCCCAAACAAAGUCGACAACCCUGACAUCACCUGUCGUAUCCGGCUCCUCAGACUCUGGUUUUCCUCACACCGAGGCCAAUAUUAUGGUGCCUCCACGUGUCGUCGACACUGUACAUGAUGUUGGCAACCGUAUCAACCACUUGGAGAAGGCAAAUAAUGAUCAGGCGCCUGACUUAGUAGGCUCCCAGCAGGUCAAGCCACCGUCUUUUGUUCCAUCUUCAGAUGUCUACGGUCGUCUCCGGGAAGCAAAUGAAAAGGGGCGAAGGUCACCUAGCUCGGCUGAUGCUCCUGACCCCAUUGGCAGAGACGAGACUUUUCAUCUCGGAAACAAGACUGAGGUGUCUAGUCGGAACGCUGAUGACGACGACCGUCGGACUUAUCUCAGCCCAAAGCUGCCUGAUUUGGCCAGAAUGUCGGCCUUUGGCACGGAUUCCUUCUCUACCGGAAGUGUUGACUCAUCCAAAGGUCAGCCGAUUUCUGGACAGGACACUGGGUCUGGUUCUUUCUCAGAGCUCCCAACUACCAAGGCGGAAGUAGUCCGACGGGCGUCUCAACUAGCGGAAGAAGUUCCGGCCAAGGAGAAGACGGCUGUAGUUGAGGCUCCGACGCAAGAAUAUGACGACAAGAAGACGGCAAAAGGCGGCCCAUAUCAAGUUGAGUCGCUGCCAAUCAUUGCCUCAUCUGUAUAUGCAAAUACAGAUGAUUCAGAAGUGGCUGAAAUCAAAACGCAUGCGUCGCCUACAGCAAAUGCUGCUUCUCGUAAGCUUUCCAAGGAUACCAUCCCUGUAUUGCAUCCGAGCUCGGAUAUGGAUAUAAUUGCUCCACUACGGACUCCAAGCCCACGUGGUCCUGCGCAGCCAGCCCCGGAAACACCAGAGACUCCCCCGGAUGCUGCCGGCGCUCCUCUAGCAGCAACCAUCAAGCCAACAGAGGGUGGCUCUGAGGUAAACUUAGAAUCCAACCGUAUCCAGCGUGAGACUACUUUCAGUACGGUGGCCUCCUCCCCUGUCAAGGACAACGAUAUUCUGAGUGAUGAGAUUUUGAAGUCUUUGAACCCCGCCAGCGGCUCUACCCAGGAAUUCAAUCGAGUUUCUAGCCAUGGCUCUCAAUCGUCGAGUAUUCAAGCUGGUAGGGACAGCAGCUACACCCUUCGGGACUACCGCAGCUACUGGGCGGCCACCGAAGAUAAGGCCAAAUCUCUCGAGACUUCAGCGUCUUUCCCCGCAAUCCCCGAACUUCCUGAUACCCAGAAUGAGCCUUCCAGCCAAUCUAACAUCAGUCCCGUGGAUAAGGCAACUGAAUCACUAGUGUCACCUCAGUCUCCGGAACUCCGCCGUCGAUUUUCUUGGGAAGCAGAAGACACAAGCCCAGCACCAACGCAACAAAGCCCCACCAAUUCGCAAUUGUCCAUGGCUCAAACACGUGGGAUAGUAGUUGAGCAGCCGGCAGUUGAUGUGAAGCCUGAGGUAGUAGACAACAAGCAAUUAAAGCACAGACCUUUCGAUGCCGCUGGCGUUUCACCUCAAGUAUCUAGCGGCAGUAGCGGCCAUAUACCUCGUGGCCAGCAGGCCGCAAUUGAUGAAUCUUGUCCUCUCUCUCCAGUCAGCGAUAACGCCGCCGCUGGAGCUCACGCUAAUGAAGGGUUUUCCCUUGCCGAGAACAAGGCAUUUGAGAAACCUGCUUCGAGUCUUGUGUCGGCUGUAACGGUAGCUGACGACCAGCCUGUUCUUACCAUUCAGACAUCUCCUUCAGCCACGCCGCCUCCAGUUUCUCCGGUCUCACAACAGACACAGCCACAAACCAUGAGUUUCCGAGAAAUUAUGAACCUGAAUAGCUCCAGCGAACGCAUUGCCAAGUACAACGAAACGCGAAACAUAUUUUCAUCGACAGAUUCUGGGCUCGCACGUUGGCUUAUUUACCUCAAAGCUCAGCAUCCGGGCAUCUCAUCCUCUGGGCCCUUGUUUGGUGCCCAGGGUCCUCGGCAAACCCCCCAAGACGAAUAUCUCUCUGAGUCCGAAGCUGAACAAGGCAGGACCAAAUCCAAGUCCAAGACCAAGGCCAAGGCUGAUCGGCGAUCGUCGUGGGGCCUGAUGCUUGGGUCAAAACCGCGUCCUGAAGAAGCCGCCCCACAAGCAUAUGCCAACGCCGCUAACUCGAGCAAUUCCCAUCUGCGUGUCACGCAACAACGCGCUGCCCCAGAUGCCGCAUCAUCGUCAAUGGCACCUCAGAUCCCUCCAGUCGCCCUUGCGGCGCCGUUGUCACCGCUCAAUCCGGCGGCGCACUCGGAAUAUAUUCCGGAGUGGAGAAGCGCGGCGCUUGAUUCUGCAACGACCCAGCCGGUCCCGCCCGCUCAGGCACAAUCCAGCCAUCCGUCGCGGGCCACUGUUGGGUUGAGCAAAUUAGAAAUCCCAAAGUUGCCGUCAUUGACGACCAACGGGGCUACGACUGCUCCCGCUUUGUCAUUGGAAAAGACCAGACACGACCGGCCGGCUGGGGGUGAUGCGCGAACCGCUGCCACGGAACGCGCUGGUCAGCAGUGGGCCAUGAUCUCUCGUGACCAUGUCCAUCAGCAAAUUCACCAACCCCCAAAUUCUCAUCAAUCGCAGGGAUCGCGUGCCGCUUCUGGCAUUGAACAAAGCAGUAAUAGACCGGCCUCGCCAGAGCGCGAGGGGGAACCCAAGCGAUCGUCUUCUUUUAUUGGGCUGCCGCCUAUAAGACGCAGCUCGACAUUUGGUCUCACUCCCAAAUCUAAAGCUCGAAGAGCUACUGAUCGGUUCCCAAUCGAUGACGAUGAUGAUGGUGAUGAUGAUCCGUCAAGCCAUGCGUCGAUUGCUGAUGCUCCAGCUAAUCCUUCGCAUGAACAACCUCAACCGCCGCUGGCCACAGGGACUGCACCUCAACUUACUAAUGAUCACCCUGCCGAUGCCAUCGCAGCUCCUUCCCAACCUAUCCAAGAUGAGAAAGCCGGUAUGAACAUACAUCAUUCAGAAACGGGGCUUGAUGGUCCUCAUGCAGAUGCGGCAAGAUAUCCUCCCCAGCUUCAAGCACCGCUUGCCAUGGCCCCCAAACAGCAACCCCAAAUCAGAACUGAAACACCACGCACUCAAAGUCCUCAAAGCUCUCGGCCGUUGAUCCAUCCUACUCACAGGGUACCGUUCUCCGGUCAAUGGAAAUUAGAGGAAAGCCGAUUGUCUGAGCCUCUAAAUCCCGUCUCAAAGAAUCGACCUGGAACCGCUGGUUCUCAGCAACAAAUCAUGUAUGGCUUUGACAAAGAGACCGGAAUAUCAUUUCCAGACUUCGCCCUGCCGCGCCCCGGGCAAGAGCAGACUCAUCAACCUCCGCAGCAUCCUAUUCCAAACCUAAUGGCAACGCCUCCUCCCCGCCAGCGUUCUGAUGUACCGCCAUCGUCAGCACAGAGAUGGCCUGAGCUGUUCGCCUAUCCUCCAGACCAACGUCCUGGUUCAAACUUUCGCAACAAUGGACAGCCAUACCAGCCACUCCAUCAAAAAACCAUGGCUCGUGGUGACUUCGUGAUGCCCAGAACCCCAGCCGGUGAGUUUGCCAUUCCUGGAGUUGGUCCUCCCGACGAAGACCGCGGUCGGAAGCACAGAAACUCUGGCCUGUUCAAGGACUUGGGCCAACGAUUCGCCAGAGCCGCAUCCAGGGAGCGUCGAAGCUCCAUUGACCAGCGGUCAGCAGCUAAUGAUCUCCGUGGAGACGGAGCAUCAGAUUCGAGCAUUGGCACCGGUGAACUGCCGGAGCAAGGCAGGCGGCGACCAAGCUUUCUAUUCGGCCGUUCUGGUCGCGCAUCUAUAGAACCUGGCCCAAGGCAACAUGUUUGGACUGGACAAGAACCACCAUCCCAGGAGGAUCAGCCUCCUAGCACUCCACCCCCAGGAAGUAAGAGACGGUCAUUGCUUGCGGGAGGUCGUGGUGGCAAGCUAGGCCCAAGCAGAUUAUCAAAGUCGCCCUCGUCCAACUUGGAGCAAGUCCAAGGUACCAGCCCGACUACCCAACCAGCAGAAGGCCUCAACGACACUACCCCACAGAAAAGGAGGUUUUCCGGCAUGUCAAAGGUUUCAAACUUGCUCAGUCGGAACAAACAUGAGGACAAGCCGAGUAUUCCUGAGCCGCAGCCAGAGGUUGAGUCUCUAGAACCUCCCGUGCCAGCAUUCAAACUUUUAGGGCGGCCCAGCACCGCUAGUUCUGCAGUUAGUUCUCAAGAGCGCAGGGCUGAUGAGAGUCCUAAUCGCCGUGGACGACGGCCAUCCAUGUCCGGUUUGAUAUCUGGGAUUCUUGGGAAGCGCUCAGCGUCCAAGGCUGGGGACCUUGAUAAGCCUAUGGAUUCACAAGUUUUAUCCCAGCAUCAAAUGAGCACGCAGCCUCAAAGUACGGACGUCCAAGGGCAGAGAAUAGCGCAGCCCGAGCAGCAUGAACGACGAUAUCCGUACAGCCCUGAUCAGGUCAACAUGCCGCCUCGGCACGUGGAUGCACCGGGCCUCCCCAAAACCGACGACCCCCAGACACAACUCUCUCCUGUUGGAAAUCAAGCUCAUAUACGGCCUCCAUCUCCGUGGGGUCUCCAACCGUCUAGGAGCCCCCAAUCUAUACCAUUUGAACAGCGGCAAUCGCCUGCUGCUGACCACCCUAAAUCUCGGCCUCCAAGUGUGGGCAACGGCCAAACACCAAAAGUUUCUGGAAACGACCAACCCCAAAUACACAACUCUCCUGUUGCUGCUGGGCAGCAUUCCUCUGUGCCAACUCCGCAACCUGGUUAUCAACAACCUGUGGGCUUCAUGGGGCAAAGAGACGGGAUGCAGCCUCCUGCUAAUCCCUCAAUCCGAUUUGUGGAGCCGUCUCAACCGUCUCCUUUAGGCCUGGUUCCUCGAAAUUUACACGAGCAGAUCGAACCAGAUUCAGCUUCUGCUGUGCAGUCCGGCCAACCGAUUGAUGGAGAAAAUCCUAUUGAGAAACAUGAAGAACUACGGGCGCCAAUUCCGGUUGGCAGAUUAGCCGAAACGCCGCAAGCUGUCUCUGGAGAACUGCACCCUCAGCCUGACCGUGAAGCCCACAGUAGCGGCCCUGCUGAUGGAGAGAUUACUCGAACAUCUACCAUCUCACCUGACCUUUCCAUAACAUCAGACUGGAAGGCUGCAGAGCGUCACGAAGAUACGCAUCUCAGUGAAGCUCGCAAGAAUGGCUCUAUCGAUCUUUCGGAUGAGCGCGAUUUCACUGUUGUAAGGCAAAGCAAGCAACCAGCUUUGGACGAGAUAUCGCAACGUAGGCCGCUAGGGAGCACCGGUCCCGUUGAGAAAACUGUACCUAUGGCGCCCGUCGUACAGCAGACUGUGGCGUCGCCGCAAUCUAGCUCUCAGCAGUCGCAAACUGCUAGAGAGCCAACUAUCUCAGGGGAAUCGCUAAAACUCUAUGUUUCGCAAGGUCCUGACAAGGAAAAUGGUCAGUCUCCACCACAAGACACGAGGACUGAACAGCUCCACGGUCUUGGGCUGCAGAUGCCGCAUCCCGCACAACAGGCCAGACCACAGUAUUCCCAAUACCCCGUCCAGGUCCAGCAAUUACAGCAGAUACAACCUGGUCAACAGCAGCCUCAGCAGAUGCAGCAGUCAUACUCGGGAAUGCCCCCCCAAGCUAUCAGACCAACGGGUGCUCUAGGUCCUACGAAUCAUCAAUACACCGUCCAAAGAGACCCUAGGUUCCAUUCUCCGCAGCCCCAGCAGACGCAAGUUCCACAAAAGGAAAGCUCAGGAUCCAGAUGGAAAGGCCUGACGAAGCGUAUGUCAGAGCAAAUGUCGCAGCUUGGACACCAGAACACUACCCAGGAGAAACCAGAGAAAACUGAAAGAUCCACCGGAAACAAGCUACUCGGAGCCUUCAAGAGGAACUCGAAGCAAAGUGAUACUCAGCAGCCCAGACGAACUCACAUGGGCGCGACAAAUCACCCAACAGGUCAAUGGCAAAAUGCACAGCAGCAACCAUAUCAACAGUACCAGGGCCAACAAGGUAUUGUGAAUAUCAAACAGCCUGGCCAGCACCAACCCUUGAGCCCAAGUAACAUUGUCAUGCCUCCUAGCCAGACACAAGUCUUUCAUGCACCUUCACCAAUGGCUGUCACACCAGGUCACCAAGUGCCACGUGAGAAUCCGACUCAACAAUCUCGGCCGCACCCUGAGCCUGAACCUCAAUACGAUUAUGUACCUAUUCCGCAGGCGUAUACAGCAGUUCAUGGAGAGGGUAUGGUCCUUCCUACAGCUUACAACGUAGGGCGACAGUUUUCUCAGAUGAAUUUGAUACAGAUGCAGCAACAGUUCGGGCAAAACACGCCUGGCAUGCCACAAGAGCCGCAGUCACGCCAACAGCUCAAACAGGCGGCUUCACCUCUUACCUCUCAAUAUUCGUUUCCUCGCCAAGAUUCGGAGUCUUCUUUUGGAAUAGUUCAGUCGCCCUCCGCUCCAUCUGUGCCCUCUCCUGAUGGAGAACCAAGAAGUCCUAGAUUGGAUAAUUUGAGGAGUAACGCUGCUAGCAUCACGCCACCAGUACACUUAAGAGAUUCGCCAGUAGGAACAGCACCGCAGAACCAGGAGGGGGAUCCGCCUCAGCCGCAACUUAGUAACACACGUCUUAGUACGCCACAUGACAACAGUAACAUAGUCAGCCACUCACCAUCGGAUACCGGGUCAGUAUCGCAGCAGUCCAAGUCCCCCACCCCACAAGUCGAGUCGGUAAUACGAACUGAGCCUACACCCGAGACGGAGGACAAGGCUGCGAUUUGUACAGCCAAUAACAAUGACCACGGUGUUGACGUAGCCAAGGCCAAGCAGCACCAUGACGAUGAUAUAUACGAUGCCACGCCAAGACUGACUAAAGAUGACAAAGAUGAAGAAUCCAAAGAUCACGGAAUAAGUCGAAAGUUGUCUGAAGGCAGUCUAGCAGAGAAGUCUAAAAGCAAGGAAGUCCCAAAGACGAUCAGUCCAUUCACCGCCGAGUUGGAAGAUACAGCGCGUGCCCACGAGCGUCGAGCCCGACUAGCAUCUCAGGAAGAAAAGAUUUGGCUCGACCCCCAGGACGAUCCUAAUUAUCAGCCGCAAAUGAGCGCAACGAGCUAUCCAGGUCAAGAAUGGAAUCCGUACGGUGACCCUGACUUUCUCGAGGACUAG